AUGUCUGAAUACAGCAAGGUAAAAACCAGCAAGCUUGUUUUGAAAGGUGAAAGUUCAAAGGGCACCAAGCGAAAACACAAAAAAGACAAAAAGGAUAAGGCAGCGAAAAAGGCUCUCGUUGUCGAUACGGACGCGGUGAAGCACGGUGGUUGGUGGAUGGUCGGCAAAACUAGCGACAUAACUGGUUCUAUUGCACUUCAAUUCGACAAACAGGCUUACGUGAAGGCACUCGAUAACGGCCUUUUUGCCUUAGGAGCACCUCACAAUGAGGGUGACCCUCCGGAUCCGGAAGAGAUCUUCAGCGCGGUGCUAAUCAAUGAACAGAAGGUGGCAUUCAAGUCAGGUUACGGCAAGUAUCUCAAGGUGGAAAAAGAUGGAAUGAUAACGGGCCGUUCGGACGCAGUCUCAGCUCUGGAACAAUUCGAGCCCGUGUUUGAGCAUGGUAAGAUGGCACUGCUUGCCGCUAACGGAUGUUUCGUCUCGGUGGAUCCAGAGGACGAUGCGCUUGUAGCCAUCAAGAAAAAAGUGGGCAGCGAUGAAAUCUGUGUGAUUAGAAGCUGCGCCGGUCGAGAGGACAUUUCAAGUAAAGAGCUGCCGGUUGAGGAAUCGGGCGAUCUCGACCAGGUGGAAAUAAAUUAUGUGAAAAAGUUUCAAAAAUUCCAAGACAAGAAACUCCGUGUCAAUCAGGAGGACAAGGUGGUGCUUAAGAAAGCCAAGGACGAAGGAACCCUCCACGAGGCUCUGCUGGAUCGACGUAGUAAAAUGAAAGCCGAUCGAUACUGCAAAUAAAAUCAUUUAGCAAGCAUAUUUAACGAAUGCGGUGGCAUAAUUUAUGAUUUAACACUUUUUUAUAUUCAAGAUAGAGUAUGUU